CUUGGCGGAGCUGAAGACGUGCGUUAAGAGUGAUGGAGGUACAAGAUCUCUGGAUCCCCUAUAAAAACCCCUAAGAUUUCUCCCGUUGGGCCAGACAUAUAUGUAGGAUUCCCGCGAUAUUAAUAACAAUAACAAACUCAGCCAUUUGCAGAACAGGGAAUGAGAGGAGGAUUUGAUGCACGCGUGAAAAUCGGAUGCCGCACCGCCGCGCGAUGGAAAUAACAGGAUAACGGGAUCCAAGCGGCUUUUUUCUACUGAUGGAAGCGGCACCAAAAUAAACGGGCCAGUUGCGAGCACGUGUUUUUUUUUUUUUUUUUUUUUUUUGACUAACAGUUAGUCGGUUUGUGGCUUUUUUUCUUGCAAUACAUCGGCGGGAUGGUGUCUUUGAGAUGCCACAGGAGCAAGUAUAUUUGGGCCACUCUGGGGGUGCUGGCGUUGUUGUGGCUGUACAUCUUCCCCGUAUACAGGAUACCCAGCGACAAGGAAAUGGUGGAGGAGGUUCUGCGGCAAGGACAGACAUGGAGCAGGAACCAGACCGCGGUGGAACUGUACAGGAAGCUGCUGACAGAUUGCUGUAACCCAAAGAGGAUGUUUGCGGUUACUAAGGAGAAUUCGCCAUUAGGCAAAGUCUUGUGGUAUGAUGGUGAAUUCUACCACUAUCACACAGUCACCAAUGAGACCUACCCCAUCUUUGUACAGGAUACACCAUUGCAGCUUCCUCUAAAGAGGUGUUCUGUUGUGGGUAAUGGAGGGGUGCUGAAACAUAGUGGCUGUGGAAAUGAAAUUGACCGAGCUGACUUUAUCAUGAGAUGUAACCUUCCUCCUCUGUCUAAAGAUUAUACUGAUGAUGUUGGUACCAAAACACACCUGGUGAGCGCGAAUCCAAGUAUUAUAGAAAAGAGCUUUCAGAACCUACUUUGGUCCCGCAAAUCUUUCGUAGAGAGCAUGAAGGCCUAUGGUUCCAGCUACAUCUACAUACCAGCGUUCUCUAUGAAGCCUGGCACUGACCCGUCAUUACGAGCAUACCACGCACUCGCAGACUCCUCCUCCAAUCAGACUGUCCUCUUUGCUAACCCAGAUUUCCUUAAAAAUGUUGGCAUAUUCUGGAAAAACCAUGGCGUUCAUGGCAAGCGAUUAUCCACAGGGUUAUUCUUAGUGAGCCUAGCCCUUGGCUUAUGUGAAGAGGUGACAGCUUAUGGUUUUUGGCCAUUUUCAGUGGGCCUAGAUGAGCGACCUGUCAGCCACCACUACUAUGACAACAUUCUACCAUCCUCAAGAUUUCAUGCCAUGCCUGAGGAGUUUCUUCAACUCUGGCAUUUGCAUAAAAGCGGUACAUUGCGGAUGCGGGUUGGCAGUUGUGCAAAAGAGCGGAUGGAGUUAAAGAGGGAAAAAUAAAUAGGGUAACCCCAACAACAAAAAUAGCCAUCCUGCAACAGGCAUGAGAAUACUUUAGGUUGUGAGGUGAUACUCAACCCCCAAGGUUUUGGUGUCUAGUUCUUUUGGUGUCUAUAUGCUUGAACCACAACUGCUACCAACACACCCUUUCUUCUGUUUGCCAAGGGACUGUUGUAAAGACUUGCAUGUGUUCCCAACCUCAUGUAUGCACUCAGUGGAAGCUUGUUCUGUCCUUUUAUUGAAGAUGUGGGGGCUCAGGUGUCAUGUGACAAAUUUAAACGUCAGUUGAUUGAAGGAGGGGCUGCUUUAAAUCAUGUCUUAAUAACUUUAAAUGGGAAACCAAAGCAAUUUAGCUUUGGUCAUUUUGAAUAUUUUUUGUGUUUUUAGUUUGUUUAAUCCUGAGAUGGGCAUUGAAUGUAAACAUUACAAGAAGGAAAUAAAGGCCUGUUUUAUGAGUUUGAUGCUGGUUUAAAGUGAAGGCUGUGGUUCAUGUAUUAUUGUUUGCUUUUUUACUUUUAACAUUCGAUGAAUUGGAGUGUCUACUAAAAAUGCCUUGUGGGUCUGGAUCUGUCAUGAAACAUGUCCCAGAUAUGACUAUAUCGUGCUAGGAGUGGGACAGGCAUACACUGAGAAAGUGUAUUUAAUUUUGAGGCAUACAUUUCAUAGAGAAGAGUGAAGUUUGUGUGCCAAUGGAAAAUGUGUUAUAUCUUCUGGAAGACUCCAUUUUAAUUCGUAUUUGUGUUAUUGGUAUGUGUUUGAAAAUGAGUGGUUUGUGGGAAGGAGCCCUUCUGAUGUUUUUGAAGAGGCACCAAUCGUAGAGUAAACAUUUUUUGCCUGGUUAAGGUGCUGGACACCUUGUCCUUGACAUGUAAAUAAUCAAUCAUCAAAUUUGUUACUGUUUCCACAAGAAUCAUGGUUUCUCUGAAUGUAAUGGCAGCCGUUUUGAUAGGCUGCCAAGUAACUUGUUUUUUUGACUUGUUAUGUGUUUAUUUAUUAUUAUUUUUUAAUUCAACUGCACACAGGGAACUUGGUUGAAAUCGUGUAGGUGCUAGCUGUACACAUGCACUGUAGUUUAGAUGUAAUAAACCAUUACUGACUAAGUUUUAAUAGGUACAGUUGGUAGGAAAGGUGCACUAUAAUGAUGAUUAACGUCAGUACUUAAAGGGAUAGUUCACCCAAAAAUUAAUAUGAAGUUUAUUGACAUUUUUUUAGCUAGUAUGUUUUGAGUAAAACUAAUUGUAUAAGCUGUUUUGUGCAUUAAAGUAAACAUUGGCAAGACCUACUGUUGAUGGUUGAUAGAAAACUUAACCAGGUCACAUUUCACCUCAGUUACAUUGUUAUAAUUGCACAACUUACAAGAAAUAUUGCUGCAUAAAUGUUAAAUGCUUUUUUUUGUUUUGUUCUGUUAUUUUUCUUUUUACAUUUUGGGGUGAACUAUGACCCAGGUGAUCUUAACUGUAAUUGUGUGGACUCAUUUGAUUAUCUUCAGAAAAUACUAUUACCAUAUUUUCACACUUUAAGCCAAUGAGUGCCUUUAUCAGUAUUAAAAAAGGCUAUGGACAACUUUAUCAUGAACCAGUUUUUUAUCCCCAAAACGCCAACGUAACCUCACAGAAUUAAGUAUUUUCAAACCAACACUGAUGUGCAACCCUACAGAAAGACUUUAAUUUAUUUUGAUUUACGAUGUGAAAUUAAAAUCCUUGAUGGAGUUUCAAAAAAGCAUGCGGUUGUAGAAGGACCAAUGUACAUUACUGUCAUUUUUUUAACAUUGCUUAAUUGCCAGAAGACCACAUCUUUAGCGUAGAUUAAAGAUCUGAUCUUUCUUUUUUUGCACUUUUUUUGUGCUGUUCAGUAUUGUGGAUGAGUGAGGUUGUAAUUUGUGUAAGUAGGCAUGCACGACUGUGAUAUAUAAUUGUUUUUUAAACAGAUUUUUGAGCAAAAACUCAUUAACUAUUAUGUAUUUUAUGUUUUGCCCUUUGAGCCAUAUGAGGGUGUGUGCCCUACUGAAACUGAGCUUACCUCAAUUGUACUAGUCACUGUUAAAAUCAUUGACAAAGCUCACAGGAGCUUGGAUUUUAGGUAUUUAAGUAUGUUUUAGUCCACUCUGCUGCAAUUGUGUCCUAUCAUGUCAAUCUUCUAGGCUCAAGCAGUUGGUUGAUGGUGUUUGUACUUGAGCAUGUCAAAAUCCUCUAACAGGAACGAGUUUGAGCAUUUUUUACAUGCCACAUGGGUUAUGUCAAUAAGUUGAAAGAAAAAAUUGUCAGAAAUAAACAAAACACUGCUUUUAAACAAUAAA